CUCAAUUCUUAGAUUAUAUUAUUGAAUAUUUGAAAGAUGUAUAAAAGGAUAAUUUACCUUAAAUAGCAAUUAUAGGUUUGAAAUAAAUAUAUUAAUUAGGUAUUGCUGGACCAAUCAAAAAUAAUUCAACUUUGAUGGCUAAUACUAAAUGGUCUUAGGUAGAUGGAAAUGCUAUUGAACAAUCACUCAAUAUUAAACCAUUUCUCUUAAUUAAUGAUUUCUAGGCAGUGGCUUAUAGUAUUUUGGGGUUACAGUAACAGACUUAAUUAAAUAGAACCAAAAAAUCCAAAUCCAAAAGAUAAUUUAGUCAAACAGUAAUUGAUCCUGGAGCUGGAUUUGGUGUAGCAAGGUUAAUUCCUUCUUUGAAAUAAGAUCAUUUUUGGGAAUAUAAUAUUUGGUAUUAAAUUUAAUAAUUUUGUAGUUUUGAAGGAGGAGAAGUAGGUUAUUCAUCAUCAAAUGAUUUAGAAAUAGAAUAUCUAUAAUUUUUAAAGAAAGAGAUUAGGUUUGGGUUAGAUAGUUGCAGAAAAGCAAUGGAAGGUUAAGCAAUACCUUAUAUUUAUACUUUUUUAAAGGAAAGACUUGGUAUCUUAAAUUGAAAAAGAUAUUUAUAAAGGUAUAUUUGAAGUAAUAUAUAUUAUGAUUGAUUAUUUUAGGAUAA